AAAUGUGUGAUCAAAUCAGUGACGCUAUUUUGGAUGCACACUUGAAGCAGGAUCCCAACGCCAAAGUAGCAUGCGAAACCGUUGCCAAGACAGGCAUGAUCUUACUAUGCGGCGAAAUUACAUCGCAAGCUGUGAUUGAUUAUCAAAAGGUUGUGCGCGACACAAUCAAACACAUUGGCUACGACGACUCAUCGAAAGGCUUUGACUAUAAAACGUGCAACGUUUUGUUAGCAUUGGACCAACAAUCGCCGGAAAUCGCUGCUGGAGUGCAUAUAAAUCGUGCCGAUGAAGAAAUCGGUGCCGGAGAUCAGGGCAUCAUGUUUGGUUACGCCACCGAUGAGACCGAAGAAUGCAUGCCAUUGACUGUUGUUUUGGCACACAAAUUAAAUCAGAAAUUGGCAGAACUUCGUCGCUCAGGCGAAUUCAGUUGGGCGCGUCCCGAUUCAAAGACACAGGUCACUUGCGAGUACCUUUUCAAUCAGGGCGCAGCUGUGCCAAAACGCGUACACACCAUUGUCGUUUCCAUGCAGCAUUCGGAAAAGAUUAGCUUGGAGGACUUGCGCAAGGAGGUCAUGAAUAAGGUCAUCAAAGAAGUCAUUCCAGCCAAAUAUUUCGAUGCCAACACAAUUGUGCAUAUAAAUCCAUGUGGAUUGUUCGUCAUUGGCGGUCCAAUGGGUGAUGCAGGUUUGACCGGGCGUAAAAUUAUCGUCGAUACUUAUGGCGGUUGGGGCGCCCAUGGGGGUGGCGCAUUUUCGGGCAAAGACUUUACUAAAGUAGACAGAUCGGCCGCAUAUGCUGCGCGCUGGGUUGCCAAAUCGCUGGUGAAGGCGGGACUUUGUAGGCGUUGCUUGGUGCAGGUCUCAUAUGCCAUCGGCCUGGCCGAACCACUUUCCAUUACAGUCUUCGAUUAUGGCACCUCACAUAAGACACAAAAAGAAUUGCUUGACAUUGUUAAGCGUAAUUUCGAUUUGCGGCCGGGCAUGAUUGUCAAAGACUUGAAACUGAGACAGCCAAUCUACCAGCGCACAAGUACUUAUGGACACUUUGGACGUGACGGUUUCACGUGGGAACAAGCGAAGCCGCUGCAGAUCAAUUGACUAGAACCGGGUGCAGAUCAGCUAACACAGCCACCGUUUGCUGUGUAAAGUGUAAAGUUGCGUAAUUCUUAGUUGUUAAUUUAAUUAUUUUCUGAUGUGCAAACGCAAAAGGGAAUGAUUGCAAAGUAAUUACAAUAAGAGGAUAACGAAAAAGCAACCUAGAAAAAAGGAGAAUGAAAAUCACGCAAGCAAAGUGAUUUUGGUACAGUUUUCGUUCCUCUCAUUACCAAUAGUUAUAAUUUAGUUUUAGUUGUUUAAAAGUAACAAAAAAUAUGAAACAAAAUAUUCCCAUGCUCCCAUUAUUAUGUUCUCUUCAAACGUGUCAACUGUUUUAUUGUAAUUUGUCCAUCAAAAUUGGUACUUGAUUGAUGUUAGAAAAUUGUUCAUUUGAAUUUGUGUGAUACAAUACGUGGCGCGUCUGUGAGAAGUAUUCAAUAACAUAAAAAUAUGUAGUAUAUGUCAUGCCCCUUUGUAAUUUGUACUCGUACCCACAAAAUAAUUGUUCAAAAUCUUUGAAAAAAUUAAGAAAUGAAAAAUAUGCAAAAUUAUAAAUAUUCAAAUGCAAUAAUAUAACGCUAGUUAUUUUUAAACGGAAUCAAAGGA